CCAGUAACGGUUUCUUUGUUGGGAGCCGGCGAGGUUCGUAUUUCUUGGGACACCCGCAGCUAAUCUUCGGACUGAUAACAAAAGAAGCCGCAGCGGUCGCGUUCCUAUCGUCGCCAUGGCCGUUUUCCGGCUCGCCGCCGUGAUCAAGAAGCCGUCCGGCGAGGAUUUCCUGGUGGCCAGGCAGGCUCCGCCGCCGCCGCUGCGGGAAGAGGAAUACCAGAAAUUCGUGGACUCCGAUCUCUGGGACUUGCCUUCGGCGUCGCUGAACCCUCUGGAGGGUGAGAUCCGGACCGAGCCGCUCAUUGAAGGCGCCGAUUCUCUAUCAGAUAAGCUUGAAUUGAGGCGAUUCGACGUCUAUUCUGCUCUAAGUCAGGUUCUGUGGCAAGUGGGUUUGGUAAAUGCAAUCAGUGGAAGGUGGCAACUGUUGAAGUAUGUAGAAGAAGCUGAUUUCGGUCCAGAACCUCGAGUGGACACUAUUUUCAUCCUAGGGAGAUUGGAAUCUGAAGAGGAAAUUUUACAAGAGUCAUGUAAGUGGUUGUCUAUGGAGAGCGCCUUACAGUUGCUUUUGGAAGUGAAGCCAAGUGUUGAUCGUGUAGGACCUUUUGUAGUUAUUGGACUUCUCCCUGAUUCAGCUGUGACAUCAAGGUUGAGGACCACAUCUACAUUGCAUUGUCAGGAGUACCCACCUGGUAUCAUGCUUGUACCAAUGAAGAGUAGAACAAGAGAGCCUUUCCAUACAACAAAUCUAGUUGUCAUGGUACCAAAUAAUGCCACUGAUAGAUCAGAACAUUCUAGUUUUAUUACUUAUGGAGAUGCAUUAUUGAUGGAUCCUGGAUGCUGUUCGCAACUACAUGGAGAGCUAGCAGAUCUUGUAGCUGCACUUCCAAGAAAGUUAGUGGUCUUUGUUACUCAUCAUCACUAUGAUCAUGUUGAUGGUCUUUCAGUCGUCCAGAAAUGCAAUCCUGAUGCUACUCUAUUGGUGCAUGCAAACACCAUGGGCCGCAUUGGAAAAUGGACUCUUAAAUAUUCCCUAAUAACUGGCGGGGAGAAGAUUUGCAUAGGUGGUCAGCAAUUGGAAGUUAUUUCUGCUCCUGGUCAUACAGAUGGUCAUCUUGCUCUGCUCCAUGUUAGUACAAACACGCUUGUCGUAGGCGAUCAUUGUGUAGGUCAAGGGAGUGCUGUUCUGGAUGUUACAUCCGGUGGAAACAUGAAGGACUACUUCCAGACAACAUACAAGUUCUUGGAUCUGUCACCACAUGUUUUAGUUCCCAUGCAUGGUAGAAUUAACCUUUGGCCGAAGCAAAUGCUCUGCGGAUAUCUCAAGCAUCGUAGAGACCGAGAAUCAUCCAUUUUAAAAGCCAUUGAAAGUGGGGCAGAAACGUUAUUUGAUAUAAUUGCCAAGUCAUAUCCAGGUCUGGACAUCAAACUGUGGCUUCCAGCGUCAUCCAAUGUGAGACUUCAUGUGGAUCAUCUAGCCCACCACCAGAAGCUACCAAAGGAUUUCUCAAUGAAAAAAUUCCAAGCAACUUGUGGAGUCCAUUUUAUAUCUCGAUGGAUAUGGACUUUCUUGAAGAGGAGAAACAUUUUUAAAGUGCUCGCAAUUAUUGGGGUUGGAGGUUUAGCCAUGGCUUUUAGCAGGAAAGGGAAGUUUGGUGGAUGAAAUAUCCACACAAUCAGCAAAGCCAACUUCAAAAUUAUGAACUUGGAGUGCCGGCAGUUGCAUCUUUACACGGUGAAACCAGAGAUCAAAGAGAGCAGUUAGACUCGUUGAAGGACCUAUGAAGGAAGCCUUGCAUUAAAGCCUCUCGGCAGCAUCUGCAAGUCAAGCAGCCUUGUAACCUGGUUGUCUUUGAAUUUGACAACCCAGUGUGGAAGAGAAUUUUUUAAAAUAUUCAAAUUUUAAAACUUUCUUUCACAUUAUUGCAUGGGAAGGGCCAUAUAAUGGGUUAAUAGGUUC